GCCGGAGGAGCCGCCGCCGCCGCCCCGGCGCCCGCCUCCCGGCGCUGACGGCCUCUUACGAAGCCGGCGAGGGGGAACCAGCCACCGCGGUCGCCUGCACGCCGCCCAGCAUGGUCCGGGAAACCAGGCACCUCUGGGUGGGCAACUUACCCGAGAACGUGGGGGAGGAGAAGAUCAUCGAGCAUUUCAAACGAUAUGGCCGCGUGGAAAGUGUCAAAAUUCUCCCUAAGAGGGGAUCUGAAGGAGGAGUGGCUGCCUUUGUGGAUUUUGUGGACAUCAAAAGUGCACAGAAAGCUCACAACUCUGUCAACAAAAUGGGAGAUAGAGACCUACGCGCGGAUUAUAAUGAACCAGGCACCAUUCCGAGUGCUGCUCGGGAUUUGGAUGAUACAGUUUCCAUAGCAUCUCGUAGUAGAGAGGUGUCUGGGUUCAGAGGAGGUGGUGGAGGGCCUGCUUACGGCCCUCCACCAUCACUUCAUGCACGAGAAGGACGUUAUGAGCGGAGACUUGAUGGGGCUUCAGAUAACAGGGAGCAUGCUUAUGAACAUAGUGCCUAUGGACACCAUGAACGGGGGACAGGAGCAUUUGAUCGGACAAGACAUUAUGAUCAGGAUUACUACAGAGAUCCUCGAGAGGGGACUUUACAACAUGGGCUCUAUUAUACUUCUCGGAGUCGAAGUCCAAACUGCUUUGAUGCUCAUGACCCCGGAUACGAACCUAGGGCUCGGGAGCAGUUUACACUGCCCAGUGUGGUACACAGGGAUAUCUACAGGGAUGAUAUUACCCGGGAGGUAAGAGGCAGAAGGCCAGAGCGGAAUUACCAGCACAGCAGGAGUCGCUCUCCACAUUCGUCCCAGUCUAGGAAUCAGUCUCCUCAGAGACUGGCUAGCCAAGCGUCUAGACCCACCAGGUCCCCUAGCGGCAGCGGCUCUAGGAGCAGAUCCUCCAGUAGUGAUUCAAUCAGCAGCAGCAGUAGUACCAGCAGUGACAGUGCUGGGGAUUCAACUCAGAGCCUCACACAUGCUAGCAGUGAUUCCAGCAGCAGUUCAAGUGAUGACUCUCCAGCCCGAUCAGUUCAAUCUGCAGCUGUCCCAGCACCCACUUCCCAGUUGCUUUCAUCUCUGGAAAAAGAUGAACCCCGUAAAAGUUUUGGGAUCAAGGUUCAGAAUCUUCCAGUACGCUCUACAGAUACAAGCCUUAAAGAUGGCCUUUUCCAUGAAUUUAAGAAAUUUGGCAAGGUGACCUCAGUGCAGAUACAUGGAGCUUCUGAAGAGAGGUAUGGUCUGGUAUUCUUUCGGCAGCAAGAGGACCAAGAAAAAGCAUUGACUGCAUCUAAAGGGAAACUGUUCUUUGGCAUGCAGAUUGAAGUGACAGCGUGGAUAGGGCCAGAAACAGAAAGUGAAAAUGAAUUUUGUCCCUUGGAUGAAAGGAUAGAUGAAUUUCACCCCAAAGCAACAAGAACUCUCUUUAUUGGCAACCUUGAAAAAACCACUACUUAUCAUGUCCUUCGAAAUAUUUUCCAGCGCUUUGGAGAAAUUGUGGAUAUUGAUAUCAAGAAAGUAAAUGGAGUUCCUCAAUAUGCCUUCUUGCAAUACUGUCACAUUGCCAGUGUUUGUAAAGCUAUUAAGAAGAUGGAUGGGGAGUACCUUGGAAAUAAUCGCCUCAAGCUGGAUUUUGGAAAGAGCAUGCCUACAAACUGCGUGUGGUUGGAUGGGCUUUCUUCAAAUGUGUCGGAUCAAUAUUUAACAAGACAUUUCUGCCGAUAUGGGCCUGUGGUGAAGGUGGUGUUUGACCGUUUGAAAGGCAUGGCCCUAGUUCUUUACAAUGAGAUUGAAUAUGCACAAGCAGCUGUAAAAGAGACCAAGGGGAGGAAACUCGGUGGGAAUAAAAUUAAGGUGGAUUUUGCAAAUUGAGAAAGUCAGCUGGCAUUUUAUCACUGCAUGGAAAAAUCUGGUCAGGAUAUCAGAGACUUCUAUGAGAUGUUAACAGAAAGGAGAGAAGAACGAAGGGGAUCCUAUGACUAUAACCAAGAUCAGACAUACUACGAGAGUGUUCGCACUCCAGGCACAUAUCCAGAGGACUCCAGGCGGGAUUACCCAGCUCGAGGAAGAGAAUUCUACUCAGAAUGGGAGACAUACCAGGGGGACUACUAUGAGUCACGCUAUUAUGACGAUCCUCGGGAAUACAGGGAUUACAGGAAUGAUCCUUAUGACCAGGAUAUUCGGGAAUACAGUUACAGGCAAAGGGAAAGGGAGAGAGAAGGCGAAAGAUUUGAGUCUGAGCGUGACAGAGACCAUGAGAGGAGGCCCAUAGAGCGGAGCCAGAGUCCAGUGCACUUGCAACGGCCUCAGAGCCCUGGUGCGUCUCCCUCACAGGCAGAGAGGCUGCCCAGUGAUUCUGAGAGGAGACUCUACAGCCGGUCCUCAGACCGGAGUGGCAGCUGCAGCUCCCUCUCCCCACCACAGUACGAUAAAGUGGACAAGUGUCGUCUGGAGCGCUAUGCCAAAAAUGAAAAGACAAAUAAAGAGCGGACUUUUGACCCUGAGAGAGUGGACAGAGAGAGGCGCUUAAUACGGAAGGAAAAAGUGGAAAAGGACAAAACCGACAAGCAGAAACGAAAAGGAAAAGUCCAUUCCCCUAGUUCUCAGUCUUCAGAAACAGACCAAGAAAAUGAGCGAGAACAGAGGCCCAAAAAACCAAGGAGUUCCAAUAAACUGAGCAGAGAAAAGGCCGACAAAGAUGGGAUAGCAAAGAACCGCCUGGAUCUCAUGCCCUGCGUGGUCCUGACUCGAGUGAAAGACAAGGAGGGCAAGGUCAUCGACCACACUCCCUUGGAGAAGCCCAAGUCCAGGCUGGAUAACGAUGCUGGCAAAUCUUCUGCAUUAGACCAGAAACUUCAGGCCUCUCAGAUGGAGCCUGCAAAAUCCGACCUGUCUAAACUGGAACCUGCCAGAGUGAAAGUGCCAAAGGAAAAAGUGCUUUUGAGUCACACCGAGGUGGUAGAUAAGGAAGGCAGGCCUAGACCUCGGAAGCACCUCAAGCCCGAGCAGACUGCUGAUGGCAUGAGUGCUGCGGAGCUAGAGAAGCUGGAAGCCAGGAAAAGGAGCUUUGCAGAUUCCAGUUUGAAAGCAGAAAGGCAAAAACCAGAAGUCAAGAAAAGCAGUCCUGAGAUGGAAGAUGCUCGGGUGCUUUUAAAAAAGCAGUCUGACGUAUCAUCUAGAGGCAUCCUUCUGAUGAGGGAGGGGGAGACUGAAAGAAAGCCUGUGAGAAAAGAGAUUCUUAAAAGAGAAUCUAAAAAAAUCAAGCUGGACAGACUUAAUACUGUUCCCAGCCCCAGAGACUUUCAAGAGCUUGCCAGUAUUUCUGUGGGGUCUGGCUCAAGGCCCAGCUCAGACCUACAAACAAGACUGGGAGAACCAGUAGGUGAAUCUGUGGAAAACCAAGAAAUCCAGUCAAAGAAGCCCACCCCAUCAAAACCACAGCUCAAACACCUGCAGCUCUUGGAUGAUCAAGGACCAGAGCGAGAGGAUGUCAGGAAAAACUACUGCAGUCUUCGUGAUGAAACACCUGAGCGGAGAUCAGGCCAGGAAAAGCCACAUCCAGUUAAUCCUGAAGAAAAAAUUGGCAUUGACAUUGAUCACACACAGAGCUACCGAAAACAAAUGGAGCAGAGUCGUAGAAAACAGCAGAUGGAAAUGGAAAUAGCCAAGUCUGAGAAAUUUGGCAGUCCAAAGAAAGAUGUAGAUGAAUAUGAAAGACACAGCCUUGUUCAUGAGGUAGGCAAACCUCCUCAGGAUGUCACUGAUGAUUCUCCUCCCAGCAAAAAGAAAAGGAUGGAUCAUGUUAAUUUUGAUAUUUGCACCAAGAGAGAGUGGAAUUACAGGAGUUCACACCAAAUCAGUGAGGAUUCCGAAAGGACAGGCUGUUCUCCCAGUGUCCACCAUGGUUCCUUCCAUGAGGAUGAAGAUCCCCUAGGCUCUCCUAGGCUAAUGUCAGGAAAAGGGUCUCCUAAAGUAGAUGAAAAAAGUCUCCCUUACUCUAAUAUAACAGUGAGAGAGGAGUCCUUAAAAUUUAAUCCUUAUGAUUCUAGCAGGAGAGAACAGAUGGCAGAUAUGGCCAAACUAAAACUAUCUGUCUUGAAUUCUGAAGAUGAACUAAACCAUUGGGACUGUCAAAUGAAACAAGAUGCCAGCAGAUUUGUUGUGAGCUUCCCAAAUAGCAUAAUUAAGAGAGACAGCCUGCGAAAGAGGUCUGUACGAGAUUUGGAACCUGGCGAGGUGCCUUCUGAUUCUGAUGAAGAUGGUGAACACAAAUCCCACUCCCCCAGAGCCUCAUCACUCUAUGAAGGUUCCUGAUUGUCUUUUUUAUUGAGGGACAGAGAAGACAAACUACGUGAGUGGGAUGAAAGACUCUCUAGUUCUUUAGAAAGGAACAAAUUCUAUUCUUUUGCGUUGGAUAAGACAAUCACACCAGACACUAAAGCUUUGCUUGAAAGAGCUAAAUCCCUCUCUUCAUCCCGAGAAGAAAAUUGGUCCUUUCUGGAUUGGGACUCCCGAUUUGCUAACUUUCGAAACAACAAAGAUAAAGAAAAGGUUGACUCUGCUCCAAGGCCUAUUCCGUCCUGGUACCUGAAAAAGAAGAAGAUCAGGACUGAUUCAGAAGGGAAAAUGGAUGAUAAAAAAGAUGAUCAUAAAGAAGAGGAACAGGAGAGGCAAGAAUUAUUUGCCUCUCGUUUUUUACACAGCUCAAUCUUUGAACAAGAUUCCAAGCGACUGCAGCAUCUAGAGAGGAAAGAUGAAGAGUCUGACUUCAUCUCUGGCAGGUUAUACGGGAGGCAGGCAUCUGACGGCAGGAACAGCACCAGUGACUCGGUGCAGGAGCCUGUGGUUCUGUUCCACAGCAAAUUCGUGGAGCUUACACGAAUGCAACAGAAAGAAAAAGAAAAAGACCAAAAACCCAAAGAGAUUGAGAAACAGGAAGAUGCAGAGAAUCAACCCAAGACCCCAGAAUCUGCUUCUGAGAGUAAAGAGCCAGAACUGAGGACUCCAUGUGCAGCAGGGCUUGCUGGUGUCACGCCUGCAGCUCCAGAAUUGGCAUCAUCAGCCCCAGAGAGGACGACCAGUGAGAGAACAGUGGAGGUGCCUUCAGUGACAGAAGAGAAGAGCGUGGAGCCAGCCACCCCCUCAGAAGAAGCAAAGCCCGAAGCUGAAGUGGCUCCUGUCCCUGUGGAGCAACCAGAGCAGGCAGACUUGCCUCCUGGAGCUGACACCAGUAAAGAUGCCACUGUGGCGCCCCUCACAGCCGAAGAUGGUCCACCCGCAGCCCCGCUGCCUUACCUGGAUACCAAGCCGCUGACUCCUGGCACCUCAUUUUCCCAAGUAGAGAAUAAUGUGGAUCCGGAACCAGACAGUACCCAGCCACUGUCCAAACUGACUCAGAAGCCUGAGGACACCCACGAGCCAAAAGCAGAAAAGCCGGACGCAGCAGCAAAUGUUGAGGCUAAUACGAACCAAAAUGCUGAAGUUGUUCCUGAGGUUCAGCCUCAAUCUUCUGAAGGCGUAGUGGUUGAUCCUCCAGUUGCUGCAAAAGAUAAAAAGCCAAACAAAAGCAAGCGCUCCAAGGCCCCUGCUCAGGCAGUGGCAGCCAGUGUGGUGGAGAAGCCUGUCACAAGGAAGAGCGAGAGGAUAGACCGGGAGAAGCUCAAGCGGGCGGGCUCCCCUCGGGGAGAGGCACAGAAGCUGUUAGAACUGAAGAUGGAGGCGGAGAAGAUCACGAGGACUGCUUCAAAAAACUCUGCAGCGGACCCGGAGCACCCUGAGCCAAGUUUGCCCCUGAGCCGCACAAGGCGUCGGAAUGUCAGGAGUGUCUAUGCCACCAUGGGUGACCACGACAGCCGCUCUCCAGUCAAAGAGCCUGUUGAACAACCGCCGCGAAUGACCAGGAAGCGCCUGGAGCGAGAGCUUCAGGAGGCCGCAGUGGUCCCCACCACGCCCCGCAGGGGAAGGCCUCCAAAGACACGCCACCGAGCCGAGGAGGACCAGGAGCACGAGGCCAAGGAACCCGCGGAGACUCCCAGGCCCACCGAGGGGUGGAGGUCCCGGAGGUCACAAAAGUCAGCAGCAGCAGCCGGCCCCCAGGGGAAAAGGGGGAAGAGCGAGCCAAAAGCUGAUGCCGAGGCUGCCACUGAGGCAAGUCCCCAGGUAACUAAAGAAAAUAACACCAAGGCCAAGGCUGAUAAAGAAGAAGCAGGAAGUGAACAGAAACGGGAUAGAAAAGAAAGCAACACAGACAGAAAUGUACCUGAGACUCCCCCAGUUGAAGUGGUGGAGAAAAAAACAGCCCCUGAGAAAAAUUCCAAAUCAAAGAGAGGAAGAUCUCGGAACUCUAGGUCAGCAGUGGACAGAUCUGCACAUUUGAAAACCAUGGACGGCCGUCAGUCCGUGGCCAAGGGGGCUACAGUGCAGGCCGUGGACAGGGAAGCCGGAAUCGCGGCAGUCCCCCAGAAAAGUGAGAAUCCCCAAAAGGAUAGUAGCCCCUCAUCCCAGCUGAAAAAUGAUCCAGUUGAACCCAGCAAGGAACCGGAGAAGGAAAACGUGUCUGCCCCAGAAGCCACGCAGCUAGCCAAGCAGAUGGAGCUCGAGCAGGCCGUGGAGAAUAUCGCAAAGCUCACCGAGACCUCUGCCAGUGCUUUCAAGGCGGCAGCCGCAGGUGCAUCCCAGGGCCCUGCCACAGAGGACAGGGACAAACCUGCGCACCAGGCGAGCGAAACCAAACUGGCUGCAUCCAUUGGCUCCAUCAUCAAUGACAUUCCUGGGGAGCCAGAAAACUUCCCUGCACCUCCCCCUUACCCUGCAGAAUCUCAGGCAGACCUGCAGCCCCCAGAGCAGAGCGUGGAGCCCGAGACCCAUGAGGCUGUGUCUGGCAUCCUGGAGACAGAGGCCGCUACAGAGUCUUCAGGGCCACCAGCCAGUGCCCCUGACCCCUCCGCAAGCCCAGCAGAUGCAAAGGAAGUCAGAAGGAACAGCAGUGAGCCCUCCCAACCGGAGCAGGAAGCCAAAGGGUCAAAGGAACCAGAAGUUGCUCCCACUGGUAAGGACAAAGGGCGCCAGAAGACAACUCGAUCUCGCCGCAAACGCAACGCAAACAAGAAGGCAGGUGCUGCUGCGGAAACCCAUGACCCCGAGCCAGUCCCCGCUCCAAGCAAGAGCCCUGCAGCAGAUGAGGGGACACCCGAACGCCCCCCAGAACCCCCACAGGAGGAAAAGCAGAGUGAAAAGCCUCAGUCCCCCCCUCCUCAGGCAUGUGCUUCCGACCCAAGCAAGACUCCACCUCCCGAGAGUCCAGCCCAGGAAAGCAGCAUUGAGGAGAAGACUCCAACCAAAGCGCCCGCGCCCCCAGACCUCCCUACCCCUGCCCAGCCAGCACCCGUGGAUGAGGAGGCGCAAGCCAGGUUCAAGGUACAUGCAAUCAUUGAAAGUGACCCAGUGACUCCGCCCAGCGACUCGAGCAUACCCCUGCCCACAAUUCCCUCUGUGACUGUAGCAAAGCUUCCACAUAGUAGAAUUCGUUUUUUCUACCUUUUUCAAGUGUUUUGUUAUGCAUCAUUAGGUUAUACAUUUGGGAUCUUCUUGAUUUUCUUAUGCAGGCACUCAUAG